GUUUUCCUCAUUGACAGAUUCAAAAUACUUUUAUUAUUGUAGAGUUUGAAUGAAGAGAUUUCUCUGUUGAACUUCACUCAGAGAAGCAGUUCACUCCGACCCUGUUGGUUCCUGAGUGAUCACAUCGAUACAGAGCUUUGAUCAGAUGUUCUACACAAAAUAUGAUUCUUAUCAUAUUGGAGGAAGAAAAACUGCUUCUUAGAUGAGAACCAGAAAAUUAGAAAUGCAUAAAACAAAGUAUUAAAUCAUUUGAUACUUGUUAUUCUGUUUGACUGGAUUGACAGCUACUGCGAUUCUCUCUCCUGCCGAGUGACAGGUGAUUAACUCACAGCCGUGGAAGGCGAGUCCACCUGUGUUGGACUUUUCCUUCAGAUGUGUCCUGACGGCCAUUAAAACUGAAUCAAGCCGGGGACACAGAGUCAAAGCUUCUAACGGCGGCUGAAACAAAGUCACAGACUCGUUUUGUUCAACGCACCAGAUCUUUUUCUGCAGCUCGCUCCGUUACGGAGGACGAGCCUGAGGUGAAGAGGUCACAGGACUCGGGCAGGUCGUCCAUUGUGAGCGCUGCAGUGAAGCCGAGUCAGCAGAACCGUCAGUGUGUGGAGGUAGAGGCUCAUCAGCAGUUUGUAGAGAAAGCAGCUGAACCAGCUGCUGCUGCACAAUGAGCUCCGAGUCUUUGUUCACACAAACACCUGAAAACACGAUUCCCCCUGCGCCGCUGCUGGAACAAGACGGAAAUCCAGAGGAACAUGUUGGACUUCCCGCAGCACGUGUCGUCGAGUAAGGAGGUCCGAGCGGCGAGCACCGAGGCCGACAAGCGUCUGUCCGAGUUCGACGUGGAGAUGAGCAUGAGGGAGGACGUGUACCUGAGGAUCGUCGCUCUGGAGAAGAAGCUCGAUGCCGGGAGCAUCACCGCGGAGUCGAGGCGUUACAUGGAGCGACUGAUCAAACUGGGCAAGAGGAACGGCCUCCACCUGCCCAAGGAGACGCAGGACGAGAUCAAAACCAUCAAGAAGAAGCUGAGCAACCUAUGUAUAGAUUUCAACAAGAACCUGAACGAGGACACCACCAGUCUGUGCUUCACCAGAGACGAGCUGGGCGGCCUGCCCGAGGACUUCCUCAGCUCGCUGGAGAGCGAUGGAGACAAGCUGAAGGUCACUCUGAAGUAUCCUCAUUACUUCCCCACCAUGAAGAAAUGCUUCAUCCCAGAAAGCCGCAGGAAGCUGGAGGAGGCGUUCAACUCCCGCUGCAAAGAGGAGAACUCUGCGAUCCUGAAGGAGCUGGUGGAGCUUCGGGCUCAGAAGUGUUCUCUGCUCGGCUUCAGCACACACGCCGACUUCGUCCUGGAGAUGAACAUGGCCAAGUCUGGAAAGAAGGUGGCCGGCUUCCUGGAGGAACUGGCCUGUAAACUGAAGCCUCUGGGCGAUGAAGAGCGGGAGGUCAUCCUCAAACUGAAGGAGAAGGAGUGUCAGAAACGGGGCCUGCCUUUUAACGGAGAGCUACACGCCUGGGACACACGCUACUUCAUGACCCAGGUGGAGGAGAAGCAGUACGCAGUGGAUCAGAACCUGUUGAAGGAGUACUUCCCCAUGGAGGUGGUGACUCGAGGUCUGCUGGACCUCUACCAGGAGCUGCUGGGUUUGUCCUUCGAGCUGGUGGACGGAGCCGCCGUCUGGCAUCCUGACGUCACUCUGUACAGCGUGAAAGACCGUGGCAGUGGACGGGCGGUGGGACAGUUCUACCUGGACCUCUUCCCCAGGGAGGGGAAGUACGGCCACGCCGCCUGCUUCGGCCUCCAGCCCGGCUGCCUGCUGCCCGACGCCAGGCGCCAGAUGUCGGUGGCGGCCAUGGUGGCUAACUUCAGCAAGCCCACGUCCGAUGCGCCAGCACUCCUGCAGCACGACGAGGUGGAGACGUACUUCCACGAGUUCGGCCAUGUCAUGCACCAGCUGUGCGCUGAGGCGGACUACGCCAUCUUCAGCGGGACUCAUGUGGAGCGAGACUUUGUGGAGGCUCCGUCCCAGAUGUUGGAAAACUGGGUUUGGGAGAAGGAGCCUCUGCAGAGGAUGUCGAAACAUUACAAGACCGGCAGCGGCAUCCCGGAGGAGCUGCUCGAAAAACUCAUCAAGUCCCGGCUCGCCAACACCGGUCUGUUUAACCUGCGGCAGAUCGUCUUGGCCAAAGUGGAUCAGUGUCUUCACACCAGGAUGGGCCUGGACGCUGCCGAGGAGUACGGACGCCUCUGUCAGGAGCUUCUGGGGAUUCCUGCGUCACCAGGAACCAACAUGCCGGCGACCUUCGGACACCUGGCUGGCGGCUACGACGCUCAGUACUACGGUUACCUGUGGAGCGAGGUGUUCUCCAUGGACAUGUUCCACGCUCGCUUCAAACAGGAAGGAAUCAUGAACCCGAAGGUGGGGAUGGACUACAGGAAGUUCAUCCUGCGGCCCGGCGGCUCCGAGGACGCCUCAGAGAUGCUGAGGAAGUUCCUCGGGCGGGAACCCAAACAGGAAGCGUUCCUGCUGAGCAAAGGACUAACGCUAGAGCAGAACGCCGGCACGCCGUGUCCAUGCUGACCAAUCACAGCAGCUGGCUCCGCCCCCACAGAGAACAACAGACUGAGGUUUUCUAGAAAAAAAAAGUAAAAUGUGUCCAAACAUGGAGAAAAUGAGUUGAAUAAAAUGAUUUGAAGUGA